AAAACCUCAGAGUAGCAUAAAGUAUACAACAGAACACAGAGAGUUAGAGUCUGGGAUAAAUAGAUAUAGUGACUGAAGACAUGGACCCCCUGGAAUCCUGUGCAUGACUUUUAUGGAUGGAUGGGUGUGCUUUUUGGACCGCCAUUACAACAGUAUGAAGAGCCCAGGUAUUAUUUUGAAUUUUUGUUAGACGAUAAGGAAGAAUGGAAGAUGGCAUGAGGGUUAAAUACAAGGCUCUUGGUUCAGUCAGAAAAUAGAACCGUGUGAAAGUGACACUUCAGGAUAAACCUUGAGUAUGCCUAUUAACUACAGUGGAACCUGGGACAUAGUGGACAAUGAAAACAUUGAAGGUUACAUGGUGGCUCUUGGAAUUGAUUUCGCCACACGAAAGAUAGCGGGCAUGCUCAAGCCACAGAAAAAAAUUGAGCAAGAUGGAGACUCUUUCAACAUUAAAACUUUAACAGCCUUCCGAAACUACUCCUGUUCUUUCAAAAUCGGCGAAGAAUUUGAGGAGGUCACCAAAGGUCUGGAUAACAGAAAAUGCCAGACAACAGUCAACUGGGAUAACGACAAACUUGUGUGUGUGCAGAAAGGUGAAAAAAAGAGCCGAGGUUGGACGCACUGGAUAGACGGAGAUAAUCUUUACCUUAGGCUUAAAGCUGCUAUUCAUUACACAGUCGGCUGUCUCUGUCAAAACAUCGCCUCAGACUGCGAGAAACAAAUCACCAAACAAACCAUAGCUGCUAUUUCUGAGACUGCAUUCAGACAAUGUGAUAUAUUUGCCAAGGACCUGGAAGCUUUCGCGAGGCAUGCUAAACGAAACACGGUUACAGUAGAUGAUGUGAAGCUCACGGCUAGGAGAACCACAGCAUUGUCCAACUACAUUCAACAGAAAAGCGAAGAAUUGGCUUUGAGCAACCAAGAACUGAAGGAGAAGAGGAAGAAGACUGCUGCAAAGAGGAAGAGCAAAGACAUGGAACCAGAGGAGGACAAUGAAGUUGAGGACUAAUGGAAAAGGACCAAUAUUUAUACAAUCAUCAGUCCCAUGAUAAUGUGAGAAUAAACCAACUUUACAUAGUCACAUUUAAUCAACUGAAUGAAACAUUUGAAUAAUUACUCAAACAAACAAGUGUUUGGUUGUGUUUUAUUGUAAUAAAGAAUCCUGAAAGCA